AUGUGUUUUACCAACAAAGGUUUUGUGUAUGUUGUCAAAACUAAUUUUGUGUAUUGUCAAAAUGAACAUUGGGUCAAAUGGCGUGUUGUCAAAUGGCGUGUUGUCAAAUGGUGUGUUGUCAAAUGGUGUAUUGUCAAAAUCCACUUUGCCAAAAUAGCUUGCCGAGAAGGUCAGUUUCGCUGUAACAGUGGACAGUGUGUCCUUUCAACUGAUCGAUGUAAUGGACUACAGAACUGCCUUGACCAAUCAGAUGAAAUGAAUUGUGAUUGCAAAGGGUUCCAAUGCGAUUCAGGACUGUGUCUCUGGGGUUCACGUUAUCGAUGUAAUGAAAUUGUGGAUUGCAAAGAUCUUUCUGAUGAAAUAAAUUGCCAUCAGAAACCCCGUCACCGACGCUGUCGGAAUGGCAUACAAGUCAAGUUAUCUCAAUGGUGCGAUGGUCAAGAUAAUUGUUUUGACAAUAGUGAUGAAGAAAACUGCCAUUGCAUACAUAAUCGGGAGAUUCAUUGUGAGAAUCACAAUCCUCCAAUUUGUAUCCCUAAGACAUGGGAAUGUGAUGGGUUCCCUGACUGCCCAAAUGGCACUGAUGAAAUGUAUUGUGAAAGUGCAGCAUGUCGUGCUGGAGAAUUCCGUUGCCAUACAGGAACCGACUGUGUCAGUUAUUCUUCUCUUUGUGAUGGAGUAUCAGACUGCAAUGAUAAUUCUGAUGAAGAAAAUUGUGUGAAAUUAAUGGACCACCCUAGUGAUUCUUCAAAUACCAGUCAUGUUUGGGUAACUUACGAGAACAAGGGCAUGUUUAUUUGCUGUACAAAAUGGUCUGGAAAUCUUAGCAAUGACCUCUGCAGUUUGCUCGGUUACAGCAACACAGGAGCACAAAUGACUUGUGAUGUUAGCAAUUCCAAAAAAACGGAUAACUACCUUCGUUUAAAAAGAUGGACAUCAUCAAUUGAUGAUGUUACACCGAAAUCGUUGUUGGACAAUUUCAAAAUUGAUAAUUCCUGUACACCACAUGGAACUCUUAAACUUCUGUGCCCAGGAAAAGUAUGUGGCAAGAGACCAUAUUUUGAUGACAGGGUGCAGUUAGAACCUUUUUUAAUUGGUGCUAAUAUUGCAAAAACAGGAGAAUGGCCCUGGAUGGCAUCACUUCGAAGACUUGGUGAGAUGUCUUGUAGUGCUGCUUUGUUGAAUCAACAAUGGCUUAUUACAGCUGGACAUUGUAUCUCCAAAAAUUUGAAAUUGCCAUUUCAUGUCGAUGUGACUCUUGGUUCCACAAAGCAAGGAAUGAUUAUUCCAGUGAACGGAAUCCGUCGACGGGCCAUCAAAGUCAUCACUCACCCGUUGCUAAAAGACGAUGAUGUCCACACUCUGCAUUACGACAUAGGGCUUAUUAAAAUGGAAAAACCAAUCCCAUAUACCCCAACCAUUCAACCCAUAUGUCUACCUCCAUCUCCAACGGUAUGGCGCAGAAUUUUAAGCCAUCGUAACUCCACAUGUCACCUCGCAGGCUGGGGAGCCAUCACUCAAGGUUCUCAUAUGGCUGUCCGAAAACUUCGAACGCUGAAGAUGCACAUCUGGGGUGAUGCGAUUUGUUCCAAAAUCAAUGAUAUUCAAUCACUGAAUAUCAAUAUGAAUUCUACAUUCUGUGCUGGUUAUCGCUCAAUUUUAAAAUCUGGUUGUAAAGGUGACAGUGGCAGUCCUUUAAGUUGUCAAGACAGAGAUGGAAGAUGGUAUCUGAUUGGAAUUAUGAGCGCUGGAAACCGAGAUUGUCGGCCCACAAGAGGCACACAAACUUUGGUUAACUUUUUCACAAGAGUGGACUCAGUGAUGCAGUGGAUCCAGAAAACAAUUGGAGAAGAAUGGACUUGAUCCCUUAUAAAAAAUUACUCUACUAAAUUCUAACUUGUUACUGAACUUUUUUACUGCUGUAAAAUAUACCGUAUUUUCAUCUCAUCAUGAGGUGGUGUGUAAUAUGUAAAACAUAUGUCCAUGUAUAUAUUUCAGGUGGAUAUCUGAUUGCAAUAAGGCAGUAUGUUUGUGUGUGUGUUUGUGUAUAUAUUUAUAUAAAACAUGCAAAUAAUACAUAUAUAUAUAAUAUAUACGUAAUAUACAUAAUUAUAUAUAUUAUAUAUAUAUAUUUUAUAUAUAUUUAUUACAUAUAUA